GCGUGGCUUCGGGCCGUGUUUGCCCCGCGGAGAGGGGCGGGGCGGGGCAGAGGAGGCUUCUCCUUCCUUUGGGGAGGGGGCUCCUGCCUGCCUGGCUGGGACGGGGCUGCUCUCGGAAGAGAAGAGAAGAGAAGAGAAGAGAAGAGAAGGCAAAGCAAGGAAUUUCCCCCAGGAUGGGGUCCAAGCUGUUUCCCAGCUGCUUCCCGCGGAGCCGGAGGUGGAGGCGGGACAGCAAGGCCGGGCCCCAGGAGCCCCCCAGCCCAGGGUCCCCUUCGGAGGGUCCCAGUGAGGCCCCCGGGCCCCGUUCCCGCUCCACGCCCUCCACCAGCAGCGACCCCUGGGACCCCCAUGCGCCCCAAGGCAGCCGGGCCUACUUCAGCGGCAAGGCCCGCGUCUCCUUCCGCCACCAGCUCGACUCCGAGAGGGACUCCACCGCCUGAACGAGGAGGAGCAGGGCCACACGCCCGGGACUGAGUGGGGGGCUCCCGCCAAGGAGCAGGACCCCCGCCAAGGACCCUUCUGCGGCUCCAAGACAGGCCGCGCGUCAAGACAGCUGCACCGAAAAGGGGAAGCCGCUUUCGGGGUGUCUGCGGGGGUCGAGGUUUCUACGCAGAAGCUGCACGGGCAUCUGUUGGGAGGGCUCGGAUUGUGCCUCCCUUCAUGGCAAGAGGAGACCGGACUAAGUGGCCGCUGGGAUCCUUUCCAACUCCAGGAAUCUAUGAUUUAUCUCUUUCUUAGGGGAAUGGACUGGAUGGCCUUUGGGGUCUCUUCUAACUCUAGGAACCUCUCUUUCUGUCUGUCUCUAUCGUAUAGGGUUGGACUGGGUGGCCUUUGGGGGUCUCUUCCAACUCUAGGAAUCUAUCUUUCUUAAUAGGGCCAUCCUGGAUGGUCCUUGCAGUCUCCUACAAGUCCAGGAAUCUGCCUUUCUGCCUUAUAGGGUUGGACUGGAUGGCCUUUGGGGGUCCCUUCCACCUCUAGUCAGUCUAUCAUUUAUCUAUUUUUGAGGGGACUGGAUUGGAUAUCCUUUUGAGGUCUCUUCCAGCUCUAGAAAUCUAUUAAGGGUUGGACUAGAUGGCCUUUCGGGGUCUCUUCCAACUCUAGGAAUCUAUCUUAUUGUGGCUGGACUGGAUGUCCCUUGCAGUCUCCUACAACUCUAGGAAUCUGCCUUUCUGCCUUAUAGGGUUGGACUGGAUGGCCUUUGGGGGUCCCUUCCACCUCUAGUCAGUCUAUCAUUUAUUUCUGAGGGGACUGGAUUGGAUAUCCUUUUUGAGGUCUAUUCCAGCUCUAGAAAUCUAUUAAGGGUUGGACUAGAUGGCCUUUGGGGGUCUCUUCCAACUCUAGGAAUCUAUCCAUCCAUUUCUUCAAGGGUCCCAAGGCACCUGCUCUCAAUCCUGCGUCCUAAUCCCCUGGCAGCUGUGCAACAAUAAAAGCGCAUAUAUCAGGA